AAAUACUUUAAAUUUCUCUACUAUCUGGUGCGAUCAGAGGUGGAACCGCACCACAUAAACCUUCAAUAUUUCAGAUCUAACUUCCUUCUCCUCCAAUCGAUCAAAACAAAGCAAUAUAAACCCUCCCAAACCCAGCUCCCGUCCCAGUUUAGGUUCCGGCAGAACUUGGCGCCGCUCCUCGCCGAAGGCCAGCUCCUCGCCGACGCAGCUGCAGAUUCUCGCCAACGCCAACUCAGUUUCUUGCCGAUCUCCUCGCCGCUGACAUUAGGUUCCGACCGCCACUGACAUUAUCUUCCAACUGCCGCCGAUGUUAGCUUCCGACAGCCGCCGAACUUUUCAGCUCAAAGAGCGGGUUCUUAUACCUAUUGGCCCCAACGCCGGAAUUAUGGACGCUUGUAUUGAGCCACAGAACUCAGAUUCUAUACAUCGCUGAUAUAAGUUUCAUGGUUAUGUAUUUGGAGGCAGUUCCGGGUUGUUUGGUACUUGAAUCCGGUAUAGGAAGCGGGUCUUUGACCACAUCUCUUGCUCGGGCUGUUGCUCCUACAGGGCUGCAUCUGCCAGGUAAACAGCCAGGUUUUGUGAUGGAUCGUAUGUCCUUUAUGAAGAGGGCACAGCUCAAAGCGGCCGAGGAGCUGAAGGCCCAACAGCCUGGUGCUGCCCCUGCGGCCAAGCCCCCGGUACAGCCGAAGAAGAAACGACAGGCCGAUGAGGGCCAAAAGAAGUUGACCGAGGUGGGACUGAAGCCUCCCAAGAAGUCGAAGAGAGCUCCCUCUGCCGGUGAUGCUGGGACGUCGGCUGUUCCCUCUGGGGACGGAGGGGGUUCAAACAUUGAUGCUUUGGUGGACCACCCUUCGGGCCCUUCGUCCACCACUCUGUCCACCGUUCCUGUUGCCGUAACGCCGCCCGGAAGAAAGGGUCCGGCCGAGAGCUGGUCAAAGGGACCUACAAGCUCGAGGUGGAGUACCCUGUCAAAGGGGGGCUGUUCAACGAGAUCGUUGACGGCCACGAGGUGAUCUCCCAGGCUAUUCCUGACGAAGACCGGGCUUACCUGAAGAAGCUCGGCCAUGUGAAGAUGUACGAUGGUGGGAUGG